UAUGCCUCUGUUGGCAUGGACCUGCUUGGAGAACAGAGGCUUGGAGGAGCUGAUCCUGCCAGGAUUGGUGCCAAAGCCUCUCUCCAUAGAUCUGUGUUGGCUGUAGGCAGGGAGAUGAUGCCGAGGCUUUAGACGGGGCUGUUGCCUGCUUGGGGGAGAAGAUGGGGCUGGUAGAAGGCACCAGGCUGCUCCAGUUCCAGCUGAGCGGGGGUACUUGCUUGUCUGGAGAUGCCGUCUAUCAUCCACAGCCAUCUUUGCCUUCAGGCCUUGGCACUGUUUAAGGCUUCAGGAGCACAGCACCAACCCUGAUCCCUUCUCCGGCUGCAGCCGAGUCCAUAAGGAGAGGACAUGGGAGGCGAGGAUGUGUAGCAGCCCCUAUGCGGGGUGCGUUGGCAGGGCUGCUGGGGCAGGAGGAGUGGUGGAGCUCAACGUCACCCUGCUGCAGAGAGAGGCUUCAGGGGAGGACCAGCACUGCCUCUGCAGCGUGUGAUUCCAGAGAGCAGGAUGUGUGGGGCUGCUGGGGGCUCCCAGGCAGGGAUCAGCCAAUGGACCCCGUCCAGGCUGUGCAACCAGCUGCUGUGAGCCCGUGCACCUCCCCACGGGUGCCCCAGACCGUCCCCAUGGACCUGCGCAUCGGGCAGCGCGUGGUCAAGCCUGGCUCUGACACCACUUUGCUGGCCCUGAAGCACACGCAGCAGCUCCAGCACCAGCUCUUCCUCGCCAGCCUGCACCAGCAGCAAGUGGAGCAGCUCGCCCACCAGCACGUCAGGGUGACCAUGGAGUCCCCACACCGUGAAGCUGAGCCUGGGCAGCAGGAGCAGGAGCUGCGGCAGAUCCUCAACAAGGACAAGAGCAAGAGAAGUGCUGUGGCCAGCACAGUGGUGAAGCAGAAGCUGGCUGAGGUCAUCCUGAAGAAGCAGCAGGCAGCUCUGGAGAGGACCAGCAACCCCAACCCUUCAGCCAUGCCAUACAGGUCUCUGGAGCCUCUGGAUCCUGAGGGCCCUUCCCCUCCUGUGCUCAGCACCUUCCUGCCUCCUGUUCCCAGCACUUCCCUUGACCCCCCUGAGCAUUUCCCACUGCGGAAGACAGCAUCUGAGCCCAACCUGAAGGUGCGCUGCAAGCCCAGGAAGUGCCUUGACCGACGCAAGAACCCCCUGACGCGGAAGGAGAGCGCUCCCCCAUCGCUCAAGAGGCGGCCACCCGAGGCCAUUGACUCCUCCCCGAGCAGUAGCAGCACCCCCGUGUCCGGCUGCAGCUCUCCCAAUGACAGCCUCCCUGCCGAGCACGGAGCCCUCCCUGCUGCCUCCAGCAUGGCCCACGAGACACCCCUGGCCCAGCGCCUGAUGAUGCAGGAGAGCUCCCUGGCCCAGUUUGCCCUGCAGAGUGCAGCCUCCCUUCCGGCCAUCACGCUGGGAUUGCCGGCCACCACUAGCGCCAGGGGAGAGGCAGAUCGCCGGCCCCUCUCCAGCCUGGCCCACCGGGUGCCCGUGUUGAAUGGACCUGUCCUGGCCGGCACACACUCGCCCGUGUUCAUCCCAGCUGGUUUGGAGCAGCACGAGGCUGGGAGCCCCUUGUCCUCUCGGCUCCAGCCUGUCAUCAUCCUCGAGCCCUCGGUCACCCACACUCCACUGGUGGCAGUGCCAGGCCUGGGGACAGUGCCCUUCUCCUUCACCCCCUCGCUCAUCUCUGCAGAGCGCCUGUCACUCCCAGGCCACCAUAAACCACUGGGCAGGACCCGCUCGGAGCCCCUGCCCCAGAACCCCAAGGCCAUCCAGCAGCAGCUGGUGUACCAGCAGCAUCACACCCACUUCCUGGAGAGGCUCAAGCAGCAGACGCAGCUGGGCAAGCGCAUGGUCAAGUCCAGCGAGAAGCCCCGGCUGCGGCAGAUCCCCUCCUCGGAGGACAUGGAGGCCGAGGGGGCACUGCCCGAGGCUGAGAGCAGUGAGGCAGUGAGGACACGUGUGGAGCCUGCACGGCCCGGCACCAGCGGCAAGGAGCCUGAGAGGACACAGAAGAUGCUGCAGCCUCAGGAGGAGCUUGUCCUGCAGCAGCAGGCCUACCUGUGGGAUUCCUACCAGCGGGUGCAGCAGCAGCUCCUCAAGCGCCAGCCCUUGGCUGACACCCCCAUGGUCCCCACCAUCCACACGGGGCACAGGCCCCUCUCCAGGGCCCAGUCAUCUCCUGCCACCGCCACCAUCUCCCUUCCUGCCCAGGACACGGCAUCCAAGGCACUGGCCCUGCCUGUGCAGGAGCAGCCACCCAAGCCUCACUUCACCACAGGGCUGGUUUAUGACUCGGUGAUGCUCAAACACCAGUGCUCCUGUGGAGACAACAGCAACCACCCGGAGCACGCAGGCAGGAUCCAGAGCAUCUGGUCCCGUCUGCAGGAGAGGGGCCUGCGCAGCCAGUGUGAGUGCCUGCGGGGCCGCAAGGCCACGCUGGAGGAGCUGCAGUGUGUCCACACCGAGCGCCACGUCUUCCUCUAUGGCACCAACCCCCUCAACCGCCUCAAACUGGACAACGGGAAGCUGGCCGGGAUCCUGUCCCAGAGGAUGUUUGUCAUGCUGCCCUGUGGAGGGGUGGGGGUGGACAGUGACACCAUCUGGAACGAGCUGCAUUCCUCCAAUGCUGCUCGCUGGGCUGCAGGCAGCGUCACCGAGCUGGCCUUCAAGGUGGCCACCAGGGAGCUCAAGAAUGGCUUUGCUGUGGUGAGGCCACCAGGACAUCAUGCGGAUCCUUCCACUGCCAUGGGAUUCUGCUUCUUCAACUCAGUGGCCAUUGCUGCGAGGCAGCUGCAGCAGAAAGGGAAGCUCAGCAAGAUCCUCAUUGUGGACUGGGAUGUUCACCACGGCAAUGGGACCCAGCAGAUCUUCUACAGAGACCCUGACGUUCUCUACAUCUCUUUGCAUCGUCACGAUGACGGCAACUUCUUCCCUGGUAGUGGGGCUGCUGAUGAGGUUGGUGCUGGCCCUGGGGAGGGAUUUAACGUCAACGUGGCCUGGACUGGGGGGCUCGACCCCCCCAUGGGUGACCCUGAGUAUCUGGCUGCGUUCAGGACAGUGGUGAUGCCGAUUGCACAUGAGUUCUCACCCGAUGUGGUGCUGGUCUCUGCUGGCUUCGAUGCAGCCGAUGGCCACCCACCCCCCCUGGGUGGCUACAAAGUCUCUGCUAAAUGUUUUGGCUACAUGACAAAGCAGCUGAUGAGCCUGGCAGGUGGAGCCAUCGUCCUCGCUCUAGAAGGUGGCCAUGACCUUACAGCCAUCUGCGACGCAUCCGAGGCCUGUGUGUCAGCCUUGCUGGGCAAUGAGCUGGAUCCUCUCCCAGAGGAAAGCAUGAGGCAGAAACCCAACCCCAAUGCUGUGCGCUCCUUGGAAGCUGUGCUCCAGGUCCAGAGUAAAUACUGGGUGGCUCUGCAGCGCUUUGCCUCCAAGCUGGGCUGCUCCUUCCUGGAGGCACAGCACCACGAGGCAGAAGAGGUGGAGACAGUCACAGCCUUGGCUUCCCUCUCGGUGGCCGUGAUGGUGGAGAAGAGGCCCCAGGAGGAGCCGAUGGAGGAGGAAGAGCCCAUGAACCAGUGAUGAGCGGUGAUGUUCUCUGCUCCCCUGCUUCCAGGACGUGGCUGGACUCUGCUGAGCCCAAGCGCUCGCUCUUCACUCCUGGCUUCCCGGCCACCACGUCCUCCUCGCCCCAAUGGCCUGGACCUUUGGCUGCAGAGCCCCAUCAGGGAUGCUCCUGCAGCCACCUGGAAGACGUCCUCCUGCUGGGGACCACUGGAGAACCCCAGACUCCCUCUGCACGGCACAGCCUUGCAGACAUGGACCUGCAAACAGGCCCCAGCCCUCGGGACCUGAAUCCCUGCCGGGGCUGUGUGUGAGAUGCCUCCAUCCCUCCGGCCUUCUGGCAUCUUCCUCCCCCUUGGGGAAGGGGGUGGGCGUUGGGAUGGGUGCUGUGGCCGUGCUGUGGGUGCUCAGAGCCACCUUUGGGACUGCACCUGGGCCUGGCAGUGAUGCCCUUGAGAAGCAGCCCUGUUUAGCUCGGGAGGGACAGGCUCUGUGUCUUCUCAUGAGGGUUUCCUGGCUGCCCUUCCUCCUGCAGGCCCAUGGUGGAUGCAGAUGUGGGGCACGGGCUUGUGCUGCACGAGGAGGGGUUGGAGAGCUGCGGACGAUGCGCCCAGGCCCUGCAGCUGGGGCAGAGCAAGGGCUGGGGUGUGUGCAGUGCCCAGGAUUGCACCUCUGGCUCAUCCUAACCACUAACCAGAGCAGGACCCCUCUGGUGCUGGGGCUCUGAUUUGCACUAUUAUACAAUUGACGUGU